CUUUUCCUUUUCCUUUUUUUUUUCUUUCUGAAACGCGACAAUAUGGAUAAUAGACCACCACCAGAAUCACAAAGUUAUCAACCUCAACAAACAAUGUACCCACCACCACCUCAACCGUAUUAUCAAUAUAACAAUAAUGCCAUGCCGCAACAACAACAGCAACAACAACCAUAUGGACAAUAUGCAAACAAUGUUAACCAAGCAGAACAACAAUAUAACAUGUUACCAUUUGAAAAGGAAUCAGACCAACCAAAGCAAGGUAUCCGAGCUUGGCGUGACUUGUGGGCUUUAAUUCUUUGGAUAUUGAACCUGGGUGCGUUUAUUGGGGUUUCCGUUUUAGCGCUGCAAGUGUACCGACAGAAUCAUGCUGUGACAACUGGGGGAGUGGCCUCCAGUACUCAAUAUAGUGGUUUGACCUUUGACACAAGUACUUUCAAAAUAUUUGGUUUGGCUGCCGUGGUUGGUUUUGGUAUUAGUCUUCUCUAUUUAGUUUUAGUGAACGCGAUUCCAAAACAGAUGAUCUAUAUUACUUUUAUAGCUUCGAUCAUUAUCUAUUUUGGUGUGACCAUCUAUUACUUUACACAACACUACUACUCUGCUGCUAUCGUCUUCUUGAUCUUCGCUGUUUUAUAUCUUUUUACCUUCUUUUGGUGGAGAAGCCGGAUUCCUUUUGCAACAGCUAUGCUUGCAAGUACCAUUGGUGUUAUGAAACGUCAUCCAAGUACUGUUGUUAUUGGAAUUGUAACAUUAAUUAUUCAAACAGCCUUCUCAAUGUGGUUCAUCUUGACGGUGGUGGGUAUUUAUGAACGAUAUUACAGUACAACCAGUAAUAAUGCAAGCUUGAAUUUGGCCAUGGUAUUUCUUGUAUUCUCUUAUUACUGGACAUCUCAAGUGAUUUCUUAUGUGUCUUACGUGACUCUUGCUGGGAUUUAUGCAUCUGUAUACUUCAAUACUGGACCACAUCCAUCUUUACCUAGUCUUCGUCGGGCAGUCACUACUAGUUUUGGUUCGAUUUGUUUUGGUUCUUUGUUAAUUGCUCUUGUGGAAUUCUUACGCUACUUUAUCUCGAUUGCUCGGAGCUCUACAGACAAUCCAAUCUUUAGUUUCUUAUUAUGUAUUGUUGAUUGUUUGGUCGGAUGCUUUCAAGGAUUCUUUGAAUGGUUUAAUAAUUAUGCGUUUAGUGGUGUUGCUAUCUAUGGGAAAAGCUAUAUUCAAUCUGCCAAAAGAACAUGGACUAUAAUUAAGGAUCGCGGUAUUGAAGCAAUUAUCAAUGAUAAUUUGAUCAACAAUGUUUUAUUCUUAGGUGGACUUGUCGUGGGUGUAUUAUGUUCAUUACUUGGCUUCAUCUAUCUCAAGGUAUCACAACCAGCCUUCAAUCAAUAUGGAAAUAUGACGCCUGUUGUCGUGAUGAUGUGCUUUAUUGUUGGUAUCUCUAUGUUUUCUACGGUGGCUAUGGUGAUUAGCAGUGGUGUCUCUACUACAUUUGUUUGUCUUGCAGAAGAUCCUCAAGCAUUACAACGCACUCAACCUGAACUGUUUGAAAAGAUUCGACAAACAUGGCCACGUGUUGUUCAAAGUGUUUAGAUGGAUGAUUUGGUAGUUAGCUUACAUAUAUAUUUUUUACUGAUUGCA